GCUGGGUGAAGGGAAAGGCUGAUGACGUAAAAUUCUUGACGUUCGGCGGCAGGCCACGCAGGGCCCGGAAAGACUCCACUUCCCAGAAACCUCCGCUCUGUUUCGGGACAGGGGAAUGGCGCGUCAUUUCCUGCAUGGAAGUUGCCUGUGGAACGGCGCUCGGCGGUCUUUGCCUCCAACCCAUGUGCGCGUGGACACGCGACGGAGAUUGAUUCUUUUCCACUACUAUUGCAUUUUCAUAUUGCCAGAUUCUUUUUUAAAAAAUAGCAUUCUACCAAUGGCCAAAGGCACAGAAGAAACAGAAAGGCUACUGAAGAGAAUCCAGGAGCUGGAAGAGACAGUGCAAAGGCUGGAAGGCAGGCUCUUGGAAAACAGAAAAAGCCCAGGCGAGGGGAAUGGCCUCCCAGCAUCAGGAAAGGGGAAGAAGCGUCCACAGCGGCCAUUCAAUUUCAGUGCAUAUGGCCAGAGGCACGUGGCACUCAAGAUCGCCUACCUGGGGUGGGAAUAUCAGGGCUUUGCCAGCCAGGAGAACACCAACAAUACAAUAGAAGAGAAACUGUUUGAAGCUCUGGGAAAAACUCGGUUGGUGGUCAGCAGGCAGACUUCUAACUAUCAUCGCUGUGGACGCACCGACAAAGGAGUCAGUGCAUUUGGCCAAGUGAUCUCUUUGGAUCUCCGGUCAAACCUUUCAGAGAAUAAAUCUGGGGUUGUUUACACAGAAGGUAAAAGUCAUAUUUCAGAGGAGAUCCGCUACACCCAUAUUUUGAAUCAGGUGCUCCCUCCUGACAUAAGAGUAUUAGCAUGGGCCCCUGUAGAUCCUAGCUUCAGUGCUAGAUUUAGUUGCCUGAAGAGGACCUAUUGCUAUUUCUUUCCCCGUGCUGAUCUGGAUGUCACUCUUAUGAAUACGGCAGCUCAAAGAUUUAUAGGGACCCAUGAUUUUCGUAAUCUUUGCAAAAUGGACGUAGCCAACGGUGUGACCAACUUUCAGAGGACAAUCCUGACUGCAGAAGUGAAGCUUGCAGAUCAAGAAAGGAAAGUGGAAGAACUAAAUCCUUUCCAAAUAUAUGCAUUUGAAGUAACAGGCCAAGCAUUCCUCUAUCAUCAAGUCCGCUGCAUGAUGGCCAUUCUCUUCCUGAUUGGACAAAGGAUGGAGAAGCCAGACAUUAUUGAUGAACUGUUUGAUAUAGAAACUAAUCCUAGGAAACCACAAUACAGCAUGGCAGUGGAAUUUCCUCUAGUUUUAUAUGAUUGUGAGUUUGAAAACAUCCAGUGGAACUACGAUCACCAAGUCCAGGAAUUUAAUGUUACACGCUUUCAGCAGCUUUGGACGAACCACGCUAUUAAAACUCAGAUGCUGUACAGCAUGUUAUGGGGCCUGGAUUUUGCAAAGAUACCUACAGAGCCAGCUUCAAGCAACAGCACAACAAUACUCUGGAGAGAGGUAACUCCACCAGUCCACAACCAGAUUAAUGCUUUAAUCGAGGGAGUGAAAGCCCGCAAUUACAAACCGUUAAUGGAUCGGCCCAAAUGUGAAGGUCUAGAAUCUCGUAUCAGUCAUUUUGUGCGCAGAGGACGCAUUGAACAACCAAAUUUGAAAAAAACAAAGCAUCUUGAAAAGGAAUUGGACGAGCAAAAGGAAAUUAAAAGCAGCCCAGUGGUUUCUAUUCAAUCGGACAAGGAAAUUCCAGAACAAGCUGCAAAAAGGAUAUGUUUUAGUACAGAUUGAAGUUUCUUGACACUAUCUUGCUAUGUCUAAACAAAUUAUCUUGAAAAUAUCUAUUAUAGACAUCUAAAGUUACAAUGGUAAGUAGUUAGAUAUAGACUUACACACAUUCCCUUUAACCUUCAAAAAAUAAACAUUUUGUUGUAUAACUGUGGGCAGAUAUCUAAUUUAAAAAAAACUGAAGUACAUUCUAAUAUUGGUUCUGCAUUUUUUGUUUACAGCUGCAUACAAUCUAAUACUUAAAACAGUUGUAAAUAAUUAUUAUAACAAUUAUACUUGCCAAAGCAGAAAUUCAGGGAAUAUGGGGAAAGCUAGACAAGUAGGUACAGCUUCCCAAAGGAAUUGUAUUUUAAUAAUUUAGUUUUCUCCAGAAAUACCUUAGCUAGUUAUGCAAACCUUUUUCAUAUUUUUAAAAAACUAAUUUUUUGAUCUACUUUAAACAUUUGGUAAAUUCAUUAGAAUCUGUCUGGCAUAGAGGGUAAGGUAUCAUGUUAAAAAUCAGGAGAUUAUGAUUUCUAGUUCUUUCUUGUGCACAAGCCAGCUGGGUGAGUCUUUUUAUCUCAGUCCUAGGAAAGACACAAUGGCAAACUUUCAGAAAAACCUUCCCAAGAAAACAGCAGGCUUUGUCCAAGCGUCUCCAAGAAUUGGACAUCAUUAAACAGAAGAAAAAAAUAAUGUGGAAACUCUGGAUAUGAUUACAUUGUCUCCCGUGAAGUUCCUGAGGAUGCCUUGUCUAGAAAUCACCAUGUACACUUUAUGAAAAGCAUAAUGUAACCCAAACAAGUCACGUCCAGUGGGAGCUUUAGUAGAUCACCUGGCUGUCUCAGCUUUACAGAAUGCCAUAUGAAAUAUUAAAAUAUUCAUCGGUUUAAAUGUACAACAAUCAGUGGACAAAGACAUAAAAAGCCUGUAUCUACUAAACCCUCAAAUAUUAGUUCAUACAUUUUGUUAAGCCAGGAUAUGGUUUCUUCUUAGUACAAGUGAAUUCAAUCAUUGUAGAUUGCAAAUUAUGGCAUACAAAUUAGUGCAUGCUCAACAUGGUGCUUACUGCACCUGAUACCAGUUUCCAUGGUUAUACAAUAAUAAUAGACUGCAAAAGUUUCCUUUUGAGAUUGUACAAAAUUAGUUGAAAAUAAACACAGGGAUAGACAUGCAGCAUGUCAGGAGUGAUUACAUUUAGAAUAUUUGGAAGUAUUAAAAGGUUGUUUAUGAAUUAGGAUGACUUGGGUUGUUCAACAAAGUAGUUAAAUAAAUGGUGAGUUAUUUUUAAUUUAUAAAUCUAGCCCUGUCAACAGCUUUUGUAGCUUAGCAUAAUGUGUAAACUAGAUACUAUGGUACAAUGUAAUUAUUGUACCAUGAUUUAGCAUACAUUUUUAUCCAAGUGAGUCAAUGAUGGGUUAUUUAAUAAAUCAAAGUAAACCAUCAUUUAGUGUGUAUGAAUCCAGG